CACAGUCGCCUGGGAUUCACAUCUAGGCUGAAACCCGAAUUUGGACCGGUUAUCAGUCACUCAGCCUGAACAUCGCUCGGUAUAAAAAAAACCCAACAACUCGUCGAAGAUGGCGAAUAAGUGCCGCUGCGGUGCUGAGGUCCUGGGCGGAGAAAACAGAGGUGUUUUCUGCGAGGGUCCCUUGCUGGAUGCUGUCCAGAGAUCGAAAAUGUUUCCCGACUGCAAACACUUUGUGGACAUGAGCUGCAUUUUUACACCCGAACAAACUUUGGCCGACUUCGAUAUGUUCAGCAAUUGCCGCAGGAACGAUGGAUCUCUAAGGUUCCUGCAAAUGUUUGUGGAGAAGCACUUCAAUGAUCCUGGCUCGGAGCUGGAACACUGGACACCGGCGGAUUGGAAAGCACAGCCUUCGUUUCUUGCCAGGAUCUGUGACCCGGAAAUCAAGCAGUUCGGUUCGGAUGUCAAUGGACUUUGGAAGGAGUUGGGUCGGCGGAUUAAGGAUGAGGUCAAGGAGAAGCCUGAUCAGUAUUCCAUAAUCUACGUACCGAAUCCCUUUAUUGUUCCCUCCUCGAAUUGCCGCGAGUAUCGCUACUGGGAAUCAUUUUGGAUCAUUCGCGGCUUGCUGCAGUGUGGCAUGCAUCAAACAGCCCGUGGCAUGAUCGAUAACUAUUUGGAAUUGGUUAAGCAGUAUGGCUUUGUGCCUGGUUGUGGCCGGAUAUACUGCUCGGGUCGAUCGAACCCUCCACUCUUGAUCAUGAUGGUAAAGGCUUAUGUGGAGGUGACCAAGGACGAGCAGUACGCCCUCGAAGCACUGCCGCUGCUGGAAACCGAGUACGAUACCUUCAUCAGCAAGCACUCGGUGCAGGUGAAGGGCAGGACCAUGUAUCAGUAUCGGGAUUCCUCGGCAGGACCCAGGCCCGAGGCCUACCGAGAAGAUCUGGAGUGUGUGGCAAGCAUCAAGAGUCCUGUGGUCCGAGAGGUUAUGUACACCGAACUCAAGUCGGCUGCUGAAUCGGGUACGAACUUCAGUUCCCGCUGGUAUGUAACCGUCGAUGGUUCCAAUAAAGGAUCCUUUCGAGACAUCAAAACCUCUGCCAUUGUGCCCGUCGAGCUGAACUGCAUCGUUUUCCGGAGUGGCAAGAUCCUGGCCGAAUUCAAUCGCAAAGCGGGUAAUACCAAAAAAGCCGUUGAGUAUCAAGAUAGAGCAUGUGUCCUAGUGAAAGCCAUUCGGGAUAAUUUGUGGAACGCCCAAGCCGGCAUUUGGUUGGACUACGAUCUGGUGAACAACAAGCCACGCAACUACUUCUGCUGCACAAACUUUGCUCCGCUGUGGGCCAGAGCCUUUCCCUUGGUGGACACCGAGAAGGUGUCCAAGGGAGUGAUGGAGUACAUCAAGACCAACGACUUAGAUGCGCAAUACGGUGGGGUGCCGUACACGAUGAAUAAGGAGUCGGGCCAGAACUGGGAUCACCCCAAUGUCUUUCCGCCCAUGAUGUUCCUGAUCAUCGAGGGACUGGAGAAUCUGGGCACUCCGCCGGCCAAAGCCAUGUCCAAGCGAUGGGCGCAUCGAUGGGUCAAGUCCAACUAUGCGGCAUACAAGUACGAGAGCUUUAUGUUCGAGAAGUACUACUGCGAGGACUUCGGCACUUCCGGCGGAGCUUCGCCGGAAAACACUCCGCUGGGUUACGGCUGGACAAACGGCGUGAUUAUCGAGUUUCUCUGCAAGUACGGCAAGGAGAUAAGCUUGGCCGACACCAGCGACGAGGGCAGCAAGAGCAAAUCCAGAGGAUCAAAGCCAUCCGGAAAAUACGAAUACAUCAUUACCAGUGAGGCCAAUAUGGACGAUCAGCCAUCCAAUAGGCGGUGCGUAUGUGGCGCUCCUUCCACGGUGGGAACCAUGUCGCACAAGUCGACUGCCACAACUGCAACCAGCGACUUUGCUCAGCAGACACAGCCGCAGGAGCCGAAUGCUUGCUCAUGUGGCAUUGCCCAGAAACAACGGUCACAGACGCAACCAGGAGAGGAUGGCAAAUGUUCAUGUGGCGCAGGAGCGCCACAAAAGUCCCAGCAGCAAAUGCAGCCAAAGGAUGCCCCCAGUUGUGGAAUAUGUGGAUCCCAGAAACAGCAGCCAUCACAAGCUCAAAUGCAGAGAUCUCAGCAAAAAGUGGACGACGACCAGUGUACUUGCUCUAGGAAAGAAGUACUACAGCAAUCUCAAUCGCAAAAUCAGAGAACCCUGGGGAUACAGCACGAUCCAGAUUGUCCAUGUGCCGGACAACAGCAAAAAGGAGCAGGACUUAUUGUCGUUCAAGGGCAAGUGCCGGAUACCGAUCCCGACUGCGAGUGCUCCAUGGACGAACGACAGAAGCAGCAGAUGGAACAGCAGCAGAAGCAACAGGACUGCAUGCGGCAGCAGCAGCAGCAGCAACAGGAGCACCAGAAGCGGCAGCAACAGCUCCAAUCUGAACAGCAACAGGACUGUGGCACCACCAAGCCACAGACGCAGGACUGCUCCCAGCAUCUGAAGAAGUCCAGUGGAGGCUGUGGAUGCAUGGAUGACGACGAUGAGGAUCGGCACGACGCGCUAACUGGACACUAUUUUCCAGUGGCCGACAAGGACUCGGAUGACGCCUAUCAACAGGAGAGCAAAUCGCCACAAAGGGAGUCGGGAUGCGACGGUUGUGGCAGGGAUGAUUGCCCGGAUCCUCCGCAGGAAGACUGCGGUUGCGGUCCCGUAGCUAAGCCACAGCAGACACCCAUCGCCGAAUGUGCUCCUCAGACGAAAGCGCCGCUGCCUGCAGCACCCGAUGAUUGCAGUUGCGCGGUGGGUAAGAGUCAGAGCAAAGCCGCUUCAGUCGCACCACCGCCCACCUUUAUAUGCCCACAUUGUGGAGGCGUAACAUCCGAAGCGUUCCUUUCCACCCACACAAUAGGCACCAAUCGAACCAUGGGGCCGCAGAACGACUGUGGAGCAGCGGGUCAGCCACUAGGUGGGCUUGCCAGCAAGGGUAUACAGAGUGGUCACAGCAAGGUGGCUGCCGGCGGUGCCGGUGCCGAGUGUGCUCCGUGCAAGGCUCACGUGACCGCAGAUUUUCCGGCUGGCCAGGGACCAAAGCCCCUAUUCAACAAGCAGUUCCCACUGGCGGAUCCUGUGAGCAACUUCGACGCUUGUCCACCGAAACGAGCAUCUGAUGCGACCAACAAGAAGAACAAAUGCUGCAACUGCGACGAAAAGGAGGAUGGGGAAUAGAUCCACUUCACCUAUGGAUCAAUGCCCUGGAAGAACAUGCGAAGGCCAAGUGAACUGAAACUAAAUUUAAGUGUGUCAAAUUUGUGGUGCUUUUGAAUAAAAAGUAUUUUUAUUUGGAGUACUUUU